CUCCACCUCAUUCCGCAGACGACGACACGACGACCAGCAUUACCGCAGAGACCCCCUAUCGAAUGCUUUUGGCUACAAACCAACUAAGUAGAGUGUUUUCCAUACUCGUAUUUGUUGAAUAAAGGACAGUGAUACAUUCUCGAGUCGCUUUCUCGACUCUUUAGUUCAGUUUUCUUCGACUGUAUCGAAACAAGGAUUCAAGCUUCGGACGCCAGUGGCAGUAAAAAGAAUGAUGGCCAAAGAAGCACGCCUCCAUUCAGACAUGGCACACGCUCGUCAGAGCGAUGGCCUCAAUGUGAUCUUCGAUCAAAAGAGUCCUACAUCGCGCUGCUCCCGCUCCCGGUCAAGAAGCAGCAGCAGCAGUAGUAGCAGGAGCACCAGCAGAGGCAGUCGACGUUCAUCAGGCUCCAGUGUUUACAGGGGACGUGUGCGCGACAGGCGACGAAACAGAUCCUCAUCCUCAAGCCGCUCAUCCUCCCGCCGUUCCAGAUCACGCUCUUACCCUCGCUGCUACAGACCAUCCUCUCGCUGUCGAUGUGACAACCAUCGCAGAUAUGGCCGUGGCCGUCAUCGCCGCCCCUCACCACCCCGCUACAGGGCACGCUCCAGAUCUUAUAGCCGUUCCCCUUCCUAUGACAGGUACUCAUACAGACGCAACAGAUCCCGCUCCAGGUCUUCCAGCCGCUGGAGUAGGAGACACGAAAGCCAGUAUAGAUACAGAGUGUCCCGCAGGAGCCGUUCAAGAUCAAGAUCUUCUGAACCAUCUGUCAGACUGAGUGUGCAUGAUAAAAAGGCACUCCUGAUGGCUGCCAAGAACAAUGCCGAGAAGAUCCUUGGAGUGGAGAAGUUGGCGCUUCCUGAGAGUGUGAAACCGAUCCUCGUAGAGGAAUUGACAGAAGCAACACGAUUGUCACCAGAACCAGUGGUGAGGGUGAGACCAACCCCUGAAAAGAUUGCUUCACAGAGCGAUGAGGAAGAGCCUGAUAACAUGUCCACUUCGUCCUUGUCCCCAAAAAGGAAGAUCAUCUCUUUCAGCAUUAAUAAUUCUGUUGCAAAGCCCACAGCGGCAGCUCCAUCUUGUGCGAAGGUAACUCCCAGAGUGGACAGCUAUGAGAGCAGGAAGCCCUACGGCCACUGGAUCCCGGUCAGACAAGGCCGAAACGGCAGGGCUCGCAAACACGCCAAGUCACAGUGAAGUGGCUGAGUAAAAUGGACAAUGUACAUACUGUAAAUGUGUUGUAAAUACCGCAACGUGUUCUUUCAUGGUCAACUUUUUUUCCAGAUGUUAGUGGGAAGAGGUGAAGGAAUCGUUCAGGUGGGAUCCUUUCUUUCCCUUUUUCUGUAUUGUGCAAUGUGAAGACCGAAUAAAGAUUUUUCAUCCAAAUCUGA